GGAAUUCUCUUUUGCAAGCUUGGAAGAUGCGAAGAAUUGCUUUUCAUCUGCGACUAGCAUGAGCGCCGAUGAAGAAAAGUUUGGAAUAAGCAGUCGCGGGCGCAACCUCGGGACAAGGAUUGUAUAUUUAUAUUUAUAUUUAUAUUUAUAUAUAUAUAGAGAGAGAGAGAGAGAGAGAGAGAGAUGCCACUCGCAUGCAAACCAACAUCAACGCUAGUUUGCUCUCGACUCCAAAUGGCUUGCACGCAGAGCUGCACUUUUUUUCAGCCAGCCACUCAAUGGACGCAGGAUCCCGAUAAACAUAUACUACGCGUUUGCCUCCCAGGUUUCCAAAAGGAUGAAAUCAAGGUCCAGGUUGACUGCUGUGGGAAGCUAACAAUAAGGGGCGGGAGGCCACUCGGUGAUGGCAAAUAUAUGCGUUUGGAGCAGGUUUUUGCCGUUCCUAAAGAUUCACAUGUUGAUAAGAUCCGAGGGAAAUUUGAAGAAGCACAUCUCUGUUUAUUCAUGCCAAAGAAGGUGGUGUCAGAAAAGCAGGAACCUCAAAGGGCUGCUUCAUGCGAAAAAAAGCAAGUGGAAGCCCCACCCGAGAAGCCAAGCAGCAGCCUGGUCGGGGCUGACAGACUCGAAGAAUGUAAAAAGAAAGCGGGGGCUUGGAAAUUAAGAAUUGCAGAGAAUGUGGAAGGGUGGCUGGAUUACGGAUUGAUAGAUGGAUUACUGGAGACAAUCAGCAAGAACAAAAAGGCCAUCGCUGUAGGUGCUGCAGCCUUCUCCGUUGGCUUUUAUGUAUCCGGAAAACUGAGGUCAAGUGGAAGAUGAGCACAUCCACCAGCCUUCUGCAGUUGACU